CGUUUGAGUGGGGGGCAUUUUACACAAAUUAAACAUGCUACUCUGCUUCGCCCUAUAAGCAUCCUAGGAGCCUGUGCUUACCAAUCAAUUGGUACAGUCAAACAGCCGCAGCCUGCGUGAGAGUGGAGACCUUCAGUCUCGCUUUAUUUCUGGAUAUUGGGGGACCUCUCUACCAUGUCAUAUCCACAAUUUGGAUAUCCCUACUCGUCUGCUCCACAAUUUCUGAUGACAACCAACUCUCUGACCACUUGCUGCGAGUCCACCGGCAGAUCCAUAGCCGACUCCGGAGUAGCGGCGCCCGGCCAGACACCGGUCUACUGCCCCGUGUACGAGAGCCGGCUGCUGGCCACGGCGAGGCAUGAGCUCAGCUCCGCCGCCGCGCUGGGCGUGUACGGGAGCCCCUACACCGGCGGUCAAAGCUAUGGGAAUUACGUUACAUAUGGCACGGACGCCUCGGCUUUCUACUCGCUGGGCACAUUCGACACUAAAGAUGCCACCGCGUCUGCGCAUGCGGGGAUAACCCAGGCGACAGCUUACUACCCUUAUGAUCCUACCCUGGGACAGUAUCAGUACGACAGAUAUGGCUCCAUGGACGGGGGAACGAGGAGGAAGAACGCCACGCGUGAGACAACCAGCACGCUGAAGGCCUGGCUGCAGGAGCACAGGAAGAACCCAUACCCGACUAAAGGCGAGAAGAUCAUGCUGGCCAUCAUCACCAAGAUGACCCUGACACAGGUCUCCACCUGGUUCGCCAACGCCAGGAGGAGGCUCAAGAAGGAGAACAAGAUGACGUGGCCUCCCAGGAACAAGGGCUCGGAGGAGAAGAGAUAUGACGAUGAUGAGGACGGGUCUCAGGAGGAGCAGAUAAAAAGUGAAAACAAUGAAGAUGAGACCAGGAGUCGGGCUGAUAAGGACCUGCAGCUCAGCGAUCUGGACGACUUCGAAACGCUGGAGUCUGAGAGCUCCGAGUGCGAGCUGAAGCACCGAUACCACAUGAACACGCACAUGUCCACGACGACCGACUGCCCCGCCGAGCACCUCCUCAAGGACACUUCUCUGAAACUCUCCAUCCCCGUUUCUCUCGGGGGGGAGCAGGACUUGAGCAAAAGCUGUCUCAAGACGAACCCGGAGGAUUUCCAGGCGGACAGCAGGCAGCAGGCCAAGGCGUGUUAUAACCAGCAGCAGCAGAUACUGGACGGGAAACCCCGAAUCUGGUCCCUGGCCCAGACCGCCACGUCCCUGAACCAGACUGAGUACCCGUCCUGCAUGCUGAGGUGCCAGCCGCCGCCCUCCUCCCUCACCCCGUCCCCCGCCGCUACCUCGCCCGUGGCCGGCCUGGACAACAGGCAGGACUCGCCGGUCACGACCCUGCGAAACUGGGUGGACGGGGUCUUCCACGACCCCUUGUUCAGGCACAGCACAUUGAACCAGGCCCUGACCAACACCACCGUCUCUUGGACCGCGAACACCAAAGGCAGCAUGCUGGAGGCCGAGAGGAGCGCGGCGGUGUUGCAGCAGCAGCAGCAGCAGCAGGACUCCUCCAAAGACAGCAGUGCCAUGAGUUUCCCCAAAACCAUCAACAAACUUUUUUGUUCCUAACGAAACCAAAACGACGACUUUAAUGCAAAAAGACACAGACUUGUGACUGAGAGUCGAAUGGAAAAGCCUAUCGCGUCUCCAUGUCCCCCCCUUCAUUAUGUUUUACUCAUUUUUCAAUGGUAGCUAUGUAUACUGUUACAUUGGCGUCACACAAGUGAGAUAAUUAUCGGAUCCGUUUGGCUUCUUUGAUUCAACGCACGCACACAACUUAUCGAAUUGUAUAAAAACAGUUUACAUCUUGGGGGGGAGGGGAAAUAGGCCUGAGGUUUACAUGAUUUUUAUUUUUUAUUUACUAUGCGCAUGCAAAUGUAAUUGAAUAUUAUUUAGGUCUCAGCAGUUGAGUAUCACUAUUAAAUGAAAAAGAAAAAAAGUCUCACUAAUGCACAGCUCUUCCCAGUGAGUGGGGGAGG